UCCUCAGCGGGAUCCAUGGAAGCUCAAAAGCGCCCGGGAGCUCCCGGGGGUCCCCCCGGGGGGGGGCCCAAAAAAUUCCGGGGGGGUCCCAAAGGCCCCUCCCAGUUUGAAGAGGAAUUGGCUCAACUGGGAGAACUGGAGGAGAUGGAGGAGGAACUGGGAAUGGGGGAGGGGCCACCCCCAGACCCCCAGAGCCAGCCCAGCGGUUCUCUCUUUGUGGGGGAGGUGCCCCCCAAGUGGCGCCGCCCUGCCCCUCCCCCACAGCCCCCGGACACUCUGACCUUCCUGCAGAUGGACAUCGACCACUACGUGGGGUCCCCUCCCCCCGGGUUCCCGGGCUGGCCCCACCCCUCCCCCAUCCUGCGGAUGUUCGGGGUCACGGGGGAGGGGCUCAGUGUCUGCGUCCACCUGCACGGCUUCACCCCCUACUUCUACGUCCUGGCACCCCCAGGUGCGAGCGAGGCGCACCUGGGCGCUCUGGAGCAGGAGCUGGAGGCGGCGCUCAGGAGGGAGCAGAGGGGGGGGAGCCCCAAAUCCGGGCCCCCCAAAAACGUCCUGGGGCUGCAGCUGCUGUGGAAACAGAGUAUUUUGGGGUUCCAGGGAGACGUUCAGAGCCUUUUUGUGAGGGUUGGGGUCUCCCUGCCCCGUUUGGUGGCCCCGGCCCGGCGGCUCCUGGAGCGGGGGCUGCGCUGGGGAGGGCUGGGGGUGCACCCAGCACCCCCCUACGAGGCCAACAUCGACUUUGAAAUCAGGUUCAUGGCCGACUCCGGCAUCGUCGGCUGCUCCUGGGUGGAGCUGCCCCCGGGGGGGUUCCGCUGGAGGGGGGACCCCCAAAACCCCCCCGGGGACCCCCCCAAGGCCACCCUGUGCCAGCUGGAGGCCGACGCUGCCUGGGGGGGGCUGAGGGGUCACCCCCCCGAGGGGCCCUGGCUGGGGCUGCCCCCCCUGAGGGUGCUGAGCUUCGAUAUCGAGUGUGCUGGGAGGAAGGGGGUGUUCCCGGAGGCCGAGCGGGACCCGGUGAUCGCCAUCGCGGCCGUGGCGCUGCGCCAGGGCUGCCGGGAGCCCUUCCUGAGGGUCGUGUUCACCCUGCUCGGCUGCGCCCCCCUGCGCGGAGCCACCGUCCGGAGCUUCGACAGCGAGAGGGAGCUGCUGCAGUCGUGGGCGGAGUUCAUUCGCAUCGUGGACCCCGACGUGAUCACAGGGUACAACAUCCACAACUUCGACUUGCCCUACCUGAUCCAGAGAGCUCAGGUGUUACAGGUGUCGUCGUUCCCGUACCUGGGCCGGGUCAGGGGCGUCCCGUCCCAGGUGAAGGAUUCUGCGUUCCAGUCCCGCCAGCUGGGCCGCAGGGAGGGCAAGGUGGUCAGCACACCUGGGAGGGUCACACUGGACAUGCUGCAGGUGCUGCUGAGGGAGCACAAGCUGCGCUCGUACUCGCUGAACGCCGUCAGCGCGCACUUCCUGCACGAGCAGAAGGAGGACGUGCCCCACGGCAUCAUCACCGAGCUGCAGAACGGCGACGCGCAGACGCGGCGCCGCCUGGCCCUGUACUGCCUGAAGGACGCGGUGCUGCCGCUGCGGCUGCUCGAGCGCCUCAUGACGCUGGUGACGCUGGUGGAGAUGGCGCGGGUGACGGCCGUGCCGCUCAGCUACCUGCUGAGCCGGGGACAGCAGGUCAAGGUGGUGGCGCAGCUCCUGCGGCAGGCCAUGCAGGAGGAUUUGCUGCUGCCGGUGGUGAAGCCGGAGGGGGGAGAGGAUUUUGAGGGGGCCACGGUGAUUGAACCCCUCAAAGGGUACUACGACGUGCCCAUCGCCACUCUGGAUUUCUCCUCCCUGUACCCGUCCAUCAUGAUCGCCCACAACCUGUGCUACACCACCCUGCUGCCGCCAGGGGGCGUCCAGAAACACCAGCUGGGCCCCGAGGAUUUCAUCCGGACCCCCACGGGGCAGCAGUUCGUGACCCCCCAGGUGCGCAGGGGGGUCCUGCCCCGCGUCCUGCAGGGGCUGCUGGCAGCCAGGAGCAGGUGA